UGGGUUUAGCGUGUCACGUGGGCGCAUCACGUGAUGCUGCGGGACUGGCGGACAGACUGCGGGGCAAACGGUGGACCCAGGGACGCGGUUUAGCUGUGUCCACCGAUCCGAUCCCCGCCGACGUCGUCGUCAUGACGGGGCUAGCGCUGCUGUACUCCGGGGUCUUCGUGACCUUCUGGGCCUGCGUGCUCGUUGUGGGAAUCUGCUACACCAUUUUUGACCUGGGCUUCCGCUUUGAUGUGGCAUGGUUCCUGACUGAGACUUCCCCCUUUAUGUGGUCAAACCUGGGCAUUGGUCUGGCAAUCUCCCUGUCUGUGGUUGGGGCAGCCUGGGGCAUCUAUAUUACCGGCUCCUCCAUCAUUGGUGGAGGUGUGAAGGCCCCUAGAAUCAAGACCAAGAACCUGGUCAGCAUCAUCUUCUGUGAGGCUGUGGCCAUCUACGGCAUCAUCAUGGCAAUUGUCAUUAGCAACAUGGCUGAGCCUUUCAGUGCCACUGAACCCCAUGCCAUUGGCCAUCGAAAUUACCAUGCAGGCUACUCCAUGUUUGGGGCUGGACUCACGGUGGGUCUGUCUAACCUCUUCUGUGGAGUCUGCGUGGGCAUCGUGGGCAGUGGGGCUGCCUUGGCUGAUGCUCAGAACCCCAGCCUCUUUGUAAAGAUUCUCAUCGUGGAGAUCUUUGGCAGUGCCAUCGGCCUAUUUGGUGUCAUCGUUGCAAUCCUUCAGACUUCCAGAGUGAAGAUGGGUGACUAGAUGAUCUGUGUGACUAGAUGGUCUUAUUUAUUGCUGGUUUUCCUGGGACAGCUGGAGCUGUGCCCCUUAGCCUUUCGGGGCCUUGGUGUUCAGGGCCUUCCCUGCACUCACCUCUCGCUGUCGACUUGGAGGCACUGCAGUCUGGGCUGAAUCCUCAGGGUGGGGAACGGGCUGCUGAUGGUGACUGUGCAGCUGUGCACCUGUGUCCCCCACCUCCACUCCAACCUAUCUUCCCAGUGUUUGUGAAAUAAACGUGGUAUUUGUCAGAGUAAA